UGUCAUCAAAGAGAUCAAUCGCAGGAACACAUGCACAAAUACAAGUCCUCUUACGUAUUUGCCCGAGCUGGGGAUCCCCGUCGGAAAGCAUUAAGUUAGGAGGCGUUUAAGCUAUAAGUCAUUUUUAUUGCUCUUUUAAAACAACAGCUUGGCUAAGCUGCCGAUGCCACGGAAAGCUCCGAGCCUGGGCCUUCCCCGCCCCCCCCCUUUCCUUUCUAAGAGAUGGGCCUUUAGGGGGAGGGAAGAGGCGAGUUUAACCUAGCCACCUCUUUGGAGUUUAAUGACCAUCUCUCUCCCGCUCCCCCUUCCAUUUGGAGAAGCAUGGGGGGUUCUCCUAUGGCUGGGUGCUCUCACCCUCCACCCCAGGCCUCAAACGCCACAGGAAAACUGGUUCAUCAAUUUCGAGCCCAAUUUCCUGGGGGGGGCGCGGGGGGAGAAGGUUUUGCUAUUCAAGUCUCCCGGUCGGCUUGUGCUUCUGAGGCCAGUCCUUUUGUGAGAUGGCGGGGGAGAGAGCUCAAGAAAGGCGAAAGACGCUUAAGGAAGUGGAGGCGAUGGUCUGGACUACACGGAGCCUGUGGGAGCCCCCCAGGCAGCCGAGAGGCUAAGCGGGAUGGAGAGACAUCAAUGGCCCCAUGGAGGAAGUGAGAAAGUUGGCACGGUCACCCAGGGCUCGGCAGGACCCGGUCACUGUGUGACAGGCAGAUGGACAAUGCGAGAAUGAGCGCCUCCUUCCUGGAGCACCCCAUCCUCAACGCAGGAGACUCGGGGACCUGCUCCGCCCGAGCCUACCACCCGGACCAUGGGAUUACAACUUUCCAGUCGUGUGCGGUCAGUGCCAACAGCUGCGGGGGCGACGAGCGCUUCCUGGUGGGCAGGGGGGUCCAGAUGAGUCCCCCCCACCACCCUCACGCCCAUCACCACUACCCCCAGCCGGCCGCCUACCAGCACCUCAACAACCUGGGUAUGUCCUAUUCCCACUCCAGCUGUGGCCCGGGGUUCGGAUCGCAGAACUUCGGCGCAGGUUACAGCCCCUACUCAUUAAAUCAGGAAGCAGACGUAAGCGGCGGGUACCCCUCGUGCGCUCCCGCUGUUUACUCUGGAACUCUCUCAUCUUCCAUGGUCCAGCAUCACCACCACCACCACCAGGGUUAUGCCGGGGGCACGGUGGGCUCGCCUCAAUACAUUCACCACUCAUAUGGACAAGAAGCGCAGAAUCUGACCCUGGCAAAUUAUAAUAACUCCUUGUCCCCUCUCCAUGCCAGCCACCAAGAGACCUGUCGCUCUCCUUCAGCAGAGACGUCACCUCCAGCACAGACCUUUGACUGGAUGAAAGUCAAAAGGAAUCCCCCCAAAACAGGGAAAGCUGGUGAAUACGGGUAUAUUGGCCAACCGAACACAGUUCGCACCAACUUCACCACCAAGCAGCUUACUGAGCUGGAAAAGGAAUUCCAUUUCAACAAGUACCUGACUCGGGCCAGGAGGGUGGAGAUCGCGGCCUCGCUGCAACUCAACGAGACCCAGGUGAAGAUCUGGUUUCAGAACCGCCGCAUGAAGCAAAAGAAGCGAGAGAAGGAGGGCCUGCUGCCCAUCUCGCCCACCACCCCAUCACGGAUCGAGGAGAAGGCCGAGGAAUCCUCAGACAAAUCUACCUCCUCUCCCUGUGGCCCCUCUUCCCCAGCCUCCUCUACCUCAGACACUCUGACUACCUCCAACUGAGUUGGCCCCGGGCCUCUUUCUUCUUCCCCGCCAACCGGCACCCCAUGAGACUCUAGUGCUGGACUGCUAACCCGAAGCACAUUCUUAGCUUAUCUUCCCCUUCGUUUACAGUGUCUCUCUUUUUGAUGUUAUCUUCAGGUCUUCUUCGGGCUAGGCCACUGUGUUUCAAGAGAAUUCUGGCUCAGAGAUGGAGGGGCUGGGUGGCAGUAACAUCACUAAUGGUGGGGUGCCACUAUCUGGUCUCCUGACGACCUCUGAAGCCCCCUCCCAUUUAGGAUUGAUUCAGAUACCAUUUGGAAAAGCUCCAUUCCUCCCCCCCCCCCCAAUCUCUUCCCCACACUAGCAGAGGGGACAUACCUGUCAUCUAACUUCAAAUGAUUUUUCUCCCUUUCUUUCUCCUCCUCCUUAUCUCCCUGACUCUAAAGGCAGGCAAAAGAGAGCCUAAGACCUCAAGAAGAGGACGCACUAAGAAAGUGUUUACACAAUUCACCUUUUUAAUUUAAUGCAUUCAAUUUCUUGUGUGAGAGAGUUUGCUGGUUGUAAAUACUUUAAGAGAUUUAUCUUUAUACAGAUUUUCUAGAAAUGAUGUUUAGACUAGGAGAUUAAAACAGGGUGAACACACUCCCAAAGCUGGCUGUGAUUUUAUAUAGGACUAAAAGUGACAACGAAGUGGACUGGUGAAGCCCAAUCAGAUACCUCAGAGGGAAGCUGCCCUGUGUCUUGGGAGGAGAUAAGUAGGCCUGGGCUGCACUGGGUUUUUGUUGUUGUUAAACCUCCCUGGAUGUGCAGUGCCUCUCUUCUCCAUCCCUCCCACCUCUUCUGGCCUCCUCCUGCCCCUCUUCAAAAUUGUGUUGGAUUGUUCUUAGGGCAUAUCCCCAAACACCUUCUUUCCACAGUAAUCUUCCCCUAGAUUCGAUGUAUCUCCAAACCAAUUGUAAAUGUGAUGAAUGGCGAAAUGAAUGUAGAUUUCAUGUGAUUUGUGAACAAGCUUUCUGCAUGGUGCACAAUGAUUUGAGCCCCCAAAGAUACUACACUGAGUUCUAUCAGUUGUCCUUUGUGGUCCCACAAUGUUUGAGUCUCUGUACAAUCAUGAAAAGUUCUGAGAUUCCAAGAGUGACGGAAUCCAGAGCAGAAUUUACGGGUCCUAAAAAUAGCUGUAAUAAAUAUAUUCACAUUUCAGGUA